AACCCAGCAGGAAGAGGAGCGCUCGGGUCGUGAGAUCUGUCAAGUUCAACCAGAACAAGUCAACUCCUCAAAGCCACCGAGAGUAUCAGAUCAUCCAAAAUACUACGCCCGCGUCUCCGUGCCUGUCUGUGCUGUGUUCACGGAGUCAGGACAAAUCUGCGGACGUCGCUAACGCAUUGUAGGAAGAGUCUCUCACCCCAACGUCUCCGGAAAUCCACCGCAGAGGACAUCGGCGUGAGGAUGGCCGUGUACAAGCUGGUCCUGAUCCGCCACGGAGAGAGCUGCUGGAACCAGGAGAACCGCUUCUGUGGCUGGUUCGACGCGGAUCUGAGUGAGACCGGAGAGCACGAGGCAAAGAGAGGAGGACAGGCCCUGAAAGAUGCUGGCUAUGAAUUUGAUAUUUGCUACACCUCUGUCCUGAAGAGGGCCAUCCGCACCCUGUGGUUUGUCCUGGACGGCAUCGACCAGAUGUGGCUGCCCGUCCACCGGACCUGGCGUCUCAAUGAGCGCCACUACGGCGGCCUGACGGGGCUCAACAAGGCUGAAACAGCAGCCAAACAUGGAGAUGCUCAGGUCAAGAUCUGGAGGCGCUCUUUUGACACCCCUCCCCCUGCCAUGGAGGAGGAGCAUGACUUCUAUCAGGCCAUAAGCAAGGACCGUCGCUACUCCGACCUAACGGAGGAGCAGCUUCCCUCCUGUGAGAGUCUGAAGGACACCAUCGCCCGGGCAUUGCCUUUCUGGAAUGAUGAGAUCGUUCCACAGAUCAAAGACGGAAAGAGGGUGCUGAUUGCUGCCCACGGCAACAGCCUCAGGGGCAUCGUCAAGCAUCUCGAGGGGAUGUCAGAGGAGGCAAUCAUGGAGCUGAACUUGCCCACAGGCAUCCCCAUUGUCUAUGAGCUGGACAAGAACCUGAAGCCUACAGGACCCAUGCAAUUCCUGGGAGACGAGGAGACGGUCAAGAAGGCCAUGGCAGCUGUGGCUGCUCAGGGCAAAGCCAAGAAAUAGACUCAUCCUUUCUCCGGGGGGUUAGAGUACAGUUCAAUGAUGUGCUGUUUAGUUAUCAAGUUAAAACAAGGUCAUUUACUGUGUGUGUCAUCGCAGACCCGCAUAGACACAAUGUGCACUUUAUUGAACAGAAAUCUGGUGUUUGAUUUGAUUGGUUUUUAUCUUUAGACAUUCUGAAACACACAUUUCAACAUUAGGCUGUGAGUAUCACAUGUUAUAUGGUUUAAGCACUGACCAAAAUUGCAAAUAGGGACCAGCAAUUAGGAGCUAAGUUACUAACCUUGCACAUUCAUCCUAAGUAUUCCUUCCUAAUGUAAGACCUGUGUAGGUGAAGCUCAAUGGGAACAGUAACAUAUAAAGUUACCCUGGCUGUUGUCAAAGGGGCAGUCGAUGUGCUCUGCACUGCUGAAUUUUGUUUGUCGUGGCAUUGUGCGAAAAAGAAUAAAUGUUGUGAUGAA